AGUUUGUGAAAAGUUGUGAGCGGAGCAGGAGGAAGCGGGGAGAGAGAAGUUGUGGCUGCGCCGGACGCCGAGGCCCGAGCGGCGAGCGGCGGCAGGUGACCCCGGCAGCGGCCCCGAGGCUCGCUCCUGCCCGAGCCCCGAGCCCCGAGCCCCAGCUCCCUCCGCGGGCCGCAGCCCCCCUGCCGGCGGCGUCCGCGCCCGUAGCCAUGAGGGUCCGGGUGGCCGCGAGGUGGACCUGGGCGCGCAAAAGCUGCCUGUUGCUGGCGCUUCUGACCGUGGCCUAUAUCCUGGUGGAGCUCUCGGCCUCCACCUUCCACGCCUCCCCAGCAGCCGACCUCGCCCGGGAGCGGGGCCCCAGGCAGCUCGCAGAGCCCCGGCCAAAGGCAGAGGGGUUGUCCCGACCGCUGUACGAGAAGCCCCCGGCGGACUCCCACGCGCUCGGGGAGUGGGGGAAGGCCAGCAAACUGCAGCUCAGCGAGGGUGAAUUGAAGCAGCAAGAAGAACUUAUUGAGAGAUAUGCCAUUAACAUCUAUCUCAGUGACAGGAUUUCCCUGCACCGCCACAUAGAGGAUAAGAGAAUGUACGAGUGCAAAGCCAAGACGUUCGACUACCGGCGCCUCCCCACCACCUCCGUUAUCAUCGCUUUCUAUAAUGAAGCCUGGUCGACCCUGCUCCGCACCAUCCACAGUGUCUUAGAGACCUCUCCGGCAGUGCUUUUGAAGGAGAUCAUCCUGGUGGAUGACUUGAGCGACCGAGCUUAUUUGAAGACGCAGCUCGAAACUUACAUCAGCGACCUCGACAGAGUCCGCCUGAUUAGAACAAGUAAGCGCGAGGGGCUGGUGAGAGCCCGCCUCAUUGGGGCCACUUUCGCCACUGGGGACGUCCUCACUUUCCUGGAUUGUCACUGUGAGUGUAACUCUGGCUGGUUAGAACCACUCUUGGAAAGAAUUAGUGAAGACGAAACAGCAGUCGUUUGUCCUGUUAUAGACACCAUCGAUUGGAAUACUUUUGAAUUUUAUAUGCAGACCGGGGAGCCCAUGAUUGGGGGGUUUGACUGGCGCUUAACCUUCCAAUGGCACUCUGUCCCCAAACAUGAGAGGGACAGACGGAAAUCGAGAAUUGACCCCAUCAGAUCGCCCACCAUGGCUGGAGGACUGUUUGCCGUCAGCAAGAAAUAUUUUCACUACCUUGGAACUUACGACACUGGAAUGGAAGUGUGGGGAGGUGAAAACCUUGAGCUAUCUUUUAGGGUGUGGCAGUGUGGCGGGAAAUUGGAGAUCCACCCGUGUUCCCAUGUGGGCCAUGUGUUCCCCAAGCGGGCACCAUAUGCUCGGCCCAAUUUCCUCCAGAAUACUGCCCGGGCAGCGGAAGUGUGGAUGGAUGAGUACAAAGAGCAUUUCUACAACCGAAACCCUCCAGCGAGGAAAGAAGCUUAUGGUGAUAUUUCUGAAAGGAAAUUACUACGAGAGCGGCUGAAGUGCAAGAGCUUUGACUGGUAUUUGAAAAACGUAUUUCCUAAUUUACACGUCCCAGAGGAUAGGCCAGGCUGGCAUGGAGCUAUUCGCAGUAUGGGAAUCUCUUCUGAGUGUUUAGAUUAUAAUUCUCCCGACAACAACCCGACAGGUGCCAACCUUUCGCUCUUUGGAUGCCACGGUCAAGGAGGCAAUCAAUUCUUUGAAUAUACUUCAAACAAAGAGAUAAGGUUUAACUCUGUGACAGAGUUAUGUGCAGAGGUUCCUGAGCAAAAAAAAUACGUAGGGAUGCAAAAUUGUCCAAAAGACGGGUUCCCUGUUCCAGCAAACAUUGUUUGGCAUUUUAGAGAGGACGGGACCAUUUUUCAUCCACACUCAGGGCUGUGUCUUAGUGCCUUCCGGACACCUGAGGGUCGAUCUGAUGUUCAGAUGAGAACUUGUGAUGCUCUAGAUAAAAAUCAAAUCUGGAAGUUUGAGAAAUAGAAGAGCAUAAUAUUAUGCACUUUCUUUCUGAGCUGACCAUAGCUUCAAGAAAGUCAAAGAGCCUUUAAAGAAUCUCAGUGAAGAUUGUAUUUUAUCAGAAAUCACUCACUGGUCAUCUGCGAGAGCUCUGUGAAAGCUGUUUCAUUUUGGUAUAGAACACUGAAAGUGGGUGCCUAGAGAGCUGCUGUUUAAUAUUUCAAAGUGCCUUACUCAUACGUUGUUUUAUUUAAGAGCUUUGUCAGUAUGGUUUCUUCUCCUUAAAGAAGUUGACUGUGAAUUGAGAUACACAAAACAUUUAAGCGCCAGACUUGAUACUAAAGAAUGUAAAAGUCUAAGCAGAAUGAAGGAUGAUUUAUGUUGACGAGUAAGUUUGUUUGCCCAUCCCUUUAAAAACAAAACUCGCAAAUGGCGUGGUUUGAGCUAUUGCUGUUUUGGUUGUAUAUAGGAUUUGAAUUUCUUUUAGCCAACACAUUACAUUUUAGGUGUUAUUUCUUUAAUUUUAAUUUUCCUUUAAUCAACGAGAAAUCAAAGAAAGUUGAUCUUAAGGAAAAAAGUUUAGAUGUAUGUUUCAUUGGAAGAGGGCAUUAAUUUGAAUGUGAGUUCGGAUGUCUUUUUAACAUGCAGACAUCUCGGAAAAAAGUACACCCGCAUCUGAAUGAAACGGGGCGAUAUUUACAUUCCACACUCGGUGAGCUAUUACACUUCACUGAUCUGUAUUGAUACCUCAUAUUGCUCUGAAUUUGUAAGCUGUUCUCUCUGUGAACUCUUUUUGUGUGUGGGGGUCAUUUUCUGGUUGCACUUCCUUAAGUUAUGAAUGUCCUGGAGAGGGACUCAUUCACAACAUUGUGCUUCCCUUUGUUAAUGCUUAAUUGUUUAAAGUAAACACAGUUGUUGGCUCUCUGAAGUUAAACCCAACUGUGUUUACUGAAAUGUGUGAAACUGAAAGUGGGCCCCAAGCUACAAAGGCUGUGGGAUUCUUCGAGUCAUUCUUCCUGAUGAGGAAGGAUUUAUCAUAAACCAAGGAGAAAGACUGCCUGGGCACUGGUGAAUAAUGCUGCCUUGCAGCCUGUUUUCAGCACCAAGCCGGGCACUCAGGCAGCUUUCAGAAAGUGGGUGCAUGAAUGAAUGAUGAAUGAAUCAAUGAAUGAAUGAAUAGCUCAGCCGUGGUCCUUUCAUGAUUUUGGUCCUGUCAUUUGACCAAAAGACUCUGUUUGGGUUUUAGUUUUCUCAUCUGUAAAACGUGGGUGCUGGAUUAGAUCUCAGAGAUCCCUUCCAGCUCUGAAAUGUUGUGAUUACAUAUUAAAAUCAAUCUUGCAGUCUUUAUAACACUUUUUAUGUCUUCACUUUUAACACCAAUAAUGUGGGGCAACUUUCAGUCCAGUUAUGAAGCUGGAAAAGAGGGAGUUUUAAAAUUAAGUGAGCUGAGGGGCACCUGGGUGGCUCAGUUGGUUAAGGGCCCGGCUCUUGAUUUUAGCUCAGGUCAUGAUCUCUGGAGUCAUGGGAUUGAGCCCCACAUCUGUGGGCUCUGUGCUAAGGGGGGGCACCCACAUGAGAUCCUCUCCUUCCCUCUGCCCCUCCCCACUCUCUCUCUCUCUCUCUUUCUUUCGAAUGAGUAAAUCUCUAAACAAAAAUUAAGUGAGCUGAGCUCAACUGAAGUGGUUUAGUUUGAAUUGAGUGGAAAGUUGUGGUCAGUGUUUGUAUUCGUUUUAUUUUGACAGUCGUUGAACCAAUUUUGUUUUUAUCUUUACCCUUUCAAACUCUAAAAGUAAUCUUUUGGCCUAAGAAUAUAAAUACUUUCCAAAACAAAUGAUCCCUUUAAAUUGCUGUUUUAAUCAUAUUUUUAAAAGAGCACAAAAAAUGUUGGGGUUCAGAUUAAUCUCUUUCGAACAAUGGAUUUUUUUUCCUGUAUGAUGAGCAGUUUCCAUCCUCUUUUCUCCCUUUGUUAAUGGUUUUUGCAAUAUUGAUUAAGACAUAAAAUAAAAUGUGUGGCUAAUUAUUUUUGCAAAUGGAUUCUAAUGAUUUUAGUCUGUGGGGUCAUUGUUUCUAUUGUGCACAUUUGUUGAUGGUAACAGAGGUGAGUUGAGUUUGUAAUUAUUUUGCUUGUUUGAAAAUAUGGACAAAAUAUUAAAAAGUAAAAGUUCCUGCA